UAUGGAUUUAGAUUUUGAGUAGUUUUAGAGAUAUAUUUAAUCAGAGAAUACUUAACAUUCUAAGCUUGAUAUAAGAGGAAAUGAAAAAGAAAAGGAUCGAGGACAUGAUAAAAAUAGAGAAAAACAUUACAAAGAUAAUAAUAGAGAAAGAGAGAGAGAAAAGGAUAGAGAAAGAGAGAAGGAUAAAGAUAGAGAGAGAGAUAAAAGUGCUGAAAAGAAAAAGAAAAAGAAAGAUGAUAAAAAAGAUAAAAAAAAGUAUGUUGAACGAUAUUAAAUAAAAAUAGAAGAUCAAGGUCUGCUUCAAGAUCUUCAAAGAAAAAAAAAAGUAAAAAAGAUAAGGAGAGAGAAAAAGAUAAAGAUAAUUAAUAAUAGGCUAUAACAACAUAAUUGUUAAUGACGAAUGAUAUAUAAAAAAAGAGGGAGAUUGCUAAAUAAAGGAAAAUAGAAAUUAUGGAGGCAGAAAUUAGAGAAUUGGAAAGAAAAAUUGUAGAAGUUGAGAGAGAAUUAGAAGAAGCUCAUAGAUAAGAUUUAACAGUUUUAAUGUAUUGUUUACCGCUCAAAGCAAAAGAAAAACACAUAUAUUAAUUCUUUUAAACAGUAAGUAAUUCAUAAAUUGAUAUAGUUCAAUUGUGGUAAAAUAAGAGAUAUAAGAAUUAUUAGAGAUUAAAAAUCUGGAAGAUCAAGAGGAGUAGCUUAUGUUGAGUUUUAUUAAGAAGAAUCUAUUCCAAUGGCAUUAGCAUUAAAUGAUCGUUUAUUUAUUAUGGAUGGAUAAUAAGUAGGAACUAUUCCUGUUAAAAUAUAAUUAAGUUAAGCAGAAAAAAAUAGAGCUGCAAGAGAUUAAAAAAACAUGCAAAUAAAAUAAAAUAAAUUACAAAGCAUCUAAGAUUUAUAAAAUAUGAAUGGUCCAGCAAGAGUUUAAAUAACAGGAAUGGCAGAAUAAUUAUAAAGAAUUAGUGAAGAAGAUAUUAGAGAAGCUUUUGUUCCUUUUGGAACUAUAGAAACAGUUGAAAUACCCAAAGAUGAAUCUGGUAGAAUGACUGGUGUCUUAUAUGUUACAUAUGAGAAAGCAGAAUCUGCUAGAAAUAUGAUUGAAGUAAUAAAUAAUUAACCAUUUUUAUUAAAUGGAAAACCAAUUAAAGUUUAAUUAGUUUCGGGUGCUAAUAAUUAUAUGGAUUUAUAAUUAGAUGAUGAUUUAGUUUAAAAUCCAGUAAUGAGAAUAACAUUGAUGAAAAAAUUAAUGGAUGACAGUCUAAUUGAUAAUGUAUCUAAAGAAAAUAAUGUUUUAGAUAAACUUACCUCCGCUUAUGACUUAAUUAGGACUUACUGUACAAAGAAUUUUAAAUAUAAUAUAAUCUCCUAAUCCAACUUUAGGUUGUAUUUCUGGAUGGAUGCCUUUAAAACAUAAUCCUCCAGCUUGUCCAUGUAUUACAAAAGUGAUUGUUUUAACGAAUAUGUGGACCGAUCUUGAGAUCUCAAAUUAAGCUGCUAUUGUUGAAUUAAAAGAAGAAGUAGAAAGUAAUUAAUUUUAUAAUUAUUAUCUUAAUAGAUGAAUGUAAGAAAUAUGGAGAUGUGGAAAUGGUAUGGGUAGACAAAAAAAAUGAAGGUAAUGUAAUCAUUGUUUUCAAAUAAUGGGAAGCAGCUAAAUAAGUAAAUGUUUUAAUGAACAACAGAAAAUUUGGAAAUAAAGUUGUCUAAAGCUAUUUCAUAACAGAGAGUCAAUUCAUGAGCAUUAUCAAAUGA